UCCUGCUCCAAUCAAGAUGCAGAGCAGCUCUUCGGUCGGACACCUUUCAUCGCCUUACUGGAGUAGAACAGUGCUGUUCCCUGACUGGGCCUACAAACCAGCCUGGUCCCCCGGCUCCAGACAGGUCCAGCUUUGGCACUUCCUGCUGGAGCUGCUGGGGCGGGGCGAGGGCGGAGCCAUCGGCUGGGGAGGGGAGUGGGGCGAGUUUGUCAUCCGGGACCCCGAGAGGCUUGCCAGGCUGUGGGGGGAGAGGAAGGGCAAACCACACAUGAAUUAUGACAAGCUCAGCCGGGCGCUCAGAUACUACUACAACAAACGCAUCCUGCACAAGACCAAAGGGAAAAGAUUCACCUACAAGUUCAACUUCAGCAAACUCAUCCUGGUCAACUAUCCAGGACACCCCCCAACACCUGGCCCCCAGCUGGUACAGAGCUGCCCUCUCCCCUUUCCUCUCCUCCCCGCUGAGAGUGGUCUUCCUCUGUGUGGGGGAGCAGGGUCAUUGAUGGACAGAGUUUGUUCAGUUGCCAGGAAGACAGCUCAGUUUCAAGCUCCAGAAAAAGCUACAGUCCAGCCUCUGCCUUACCCCUUCCUGCUCCCGUGCUGCCUCCCUAAGCCCAUCCCGACCUCCCGUGCUCUCCACGGCCACUUCCCCUUCAUCUGCGCCCCAGCACGUCCGGGGGCCAACCUGAGGGAGCACAGGGAGUCGGGCCUCCCACCUCUCGCCUCGGCCCUCCCCAACUGCUGGCAGCACAAGAGCCCGGCAGGGUGGGAUCUGAACCACAUCAGUCGAAGCCUGUUUGGUGGAGCGAAGCAGACUGAAACUCGAGGAGAGGAGAGGAGAGCGGGGAAUGUCGCACAGAUUGGGGAGAGAGAGUGAGGAAGAGGAACAAACUACAACAGAUGGACUUCUUUCCCUCCUCAAAUCUCUCACAUGCUUUGUGUGUUUUUUUUUUUAGCUCAUUGUACAGUAGUUUAUUAUUCACUGCCUGACUUUGUAUUUAUUACUUUGGACCUUGGUUGUAUUGUGUGUAUUUUUUGAUAGAAAUAUUGAGGAAGCUGCUUUUCUUCUGCCAGCACUUCACGCCACAGUAAGAAAACUGCACUUGUAAACAAUUAACAACAUGGCACUUGUGUUUGAGUAAAUAAAACAGUGCACUCAACUUACAUUAUUCAGCUGCUUGCCUUGCAUUCACCCCCCGUCAUCGGGCUUCAUGAAAAUAAUAAGAGCUGCAUAAAUGAUGCAUUCAAACAGACACUGAAAUUUUCAUGAACGGGAUCCUUCGUGUCUUCUUUGCAGCAUCAGGACCAUAGACUGUACCAGAAGCUUGUGUGUGCAGCUACUCCCCCCCCCCCGACACAGCAGGGGGCAGUAGCAUCAUGGACAUGUUGCAUUAACAACAAAGUAUUUCCCGGGAGAGAGUUAGAGCAGAGAUAUGUAAAACUUACAGAGGUGUCACUCUGGUGACAUUUACCGGCUACCCUAAU